AUGAGUGCAUUACAAAACUAUAUCGAGCUGGUAAAGCUAAAUAUCGAAAAGAAGAACAGCAAGAAGUUGAAAAAACUCCUUACUAUCAACCCUGGUCCUGAUAAGGCGGAGGAACGAAAGAAUUUCCCCGAACCACUGGAGUAUGAUUUAUACAAUCUUGACAAAUUUGCGCCCGUGGUACAGCACUACUUGCGUGCAGUCAAGAGUGCAUACAUUGCUCGAUCACACAUUACCUGUUUUGAAAACCUCAAUCAGGAAUGCAUCAGUUUGAUUCGAGCUAGUGAACAGCAGGAUAAUUGGAUUAUGCCUGUCAUUAUAAACUGUUUUGAAGAAUUGAUUUUGCUUUACAAGAUUAUUGAACAACGCGACCCUGAGGAUUUGAACCUGAUUGUGUUUGAGAAUGAGGCAGAAGAAGGCUCGGGGUUUGCACCUACGAAAACAUCACGGUUACAACAAUUGAUCAAUACGUUGAUGAUUGGGUUCAAUUUGAGUAAUAAUGAUAAAAAGCUUGAUGUCAAAUUGAGUAAGCGGAAUGAUGUUUACUUUUUCUUGGCCAAUUUGAUUAGAUGUUAUUUCAAGAUGGGCAAAUUAGCUCUUGUCAAGAGUGCAAUCAAUUCACUUAAGAGUGGGAACAAGCCGUUGCCUAAUAUGACGCAAAAUGUAUCGACUUGUAAAAAUGCAAUCACUUAUCUUUAUUACCAGUCACUUGUUUCUUUGGAUGAUGGUAAUUAUUUAGAAAGUGAAGAGUCGUUAAAUCUAGCAAUGAGCUUAAUUGCAAACCACAAGGAUAAGUCUAGUCAUCAAUUGGAGCAAAUAUUGUUGAUACUAAUCCCGUUGAAGCUUUAUAAUAGGGGUGAAGUGCCCAGCAGUUCAGUAUGGCAACGAUUCCCACGAUUGAAAACAAUGUAUUGUGAUAAUUUUUUGGAUGCAAUAUGUCAUGGAAACUUGAACAAGUUUGAACAAUGCAUGAAUAAAUAUGAGGUGGUUUUACUAAAGAAUCACUUGUACAUAUUGAUGGAGUUGCUACGACAAUAUGCUCAAUUGCGUAUAUUGAAUAAAAGUUUUACAAUAAUUCUGGAAUUGCAAAGUGGUGAAACAACUACACCAAUUAGUGCAUUCAAAUUAGCCUUGGAAUUUUCUUGUUUUUACAAUGAAAAUGAUGCUGAUUUUAAACUUGAUGUUUCACUGCGUCAAAUACCUGAUUUGGAGGUUGAAACCAUUAUUGCCAAUUUAAUAACGCAAGGAUUUAUUAGAGGAUAUGUGAGUAAUACUAAUAGAGUGGUUGUUUUUUCCAAAUCACUUCCAUUUCCCAAAGUCAUUGAAGCCAAAGCUGAUGGAAACAAUUGA